UGACGCCUUCUGGUCCGGGGGCGGACGGUCAUAGAGCUGCUUGGCUGCAGGGAGGAGGAACUGGCAACUGGAAGGAGGCUGCAGAGAGGCCUGAAAGGCUGCGCAGCCACGCCAAGGGUUGGGGUUCAAGGUUGGGACGCGGCCAGGGUGUGUGUGUGAUAUGCUGCGGGGGUCGUGACCGCUUAGGGACCGAGGCAGGACCUGGCUGGACACAACCAGGAAACCUUGUGUUCAUCAGGCCUAAUUUAUAGCUGCAGGGUAGGCCUUACCAGAGGCUCCUUUCUGUGUCGCCGCCCCGGUUGCUACUUCUAUUCUCUGGCCAGGAGAUGGCCUCCCCAAGCCCCCCGCCGGAGCCAAAGGGGUUGCUGACAUUUGAGGAUGUGGCUGUGUUUUUUACCCAGGAGGAGUGGGAUUAUCUGGAUCCAGCUCAGAGAAGUCUGUAUAAAGAUGUCAUGAUGGAGAAUUAUGGAAACCUGGUCUCACUGGAUGUUUUGAACAGAGAUGAUGAGGAGCCAACUGUUAAACAAGAAAUUGAAGAAAUUGAGGAAGAAGUGGAACCACAAAGUGUAAUUGUUACAAGAAUCAAAAGUGAAAUUGACCAGGACCCCAUGGGAAGAGAAACCUUUGAACUUGUUGGUAGGUUAGAUAAACAGAGAGGGAUCUUCUUAUGGGAAAUACCAAGGGAAUCUUUGACCCAGGAACAGAGAAUGUUUAGAGGAAACACUAACAUUAUCCGUAAGAGACCAAACUCAGAAGAAAAAUGCCACAAAUGUGAAGAAUGUGGAAAGGGUUUUGUCCGCAAGGCCCAUUUCAUUCAACAUCAACGGGUCCAUACUGGUGAGAAACCUUUUCAGUGCAAUGAAUGUGGGAAAAGUUUCAGUCGCAGUUCAUUUGUUAUUGAACAUCAGAGAAUUCACACUGGGGAAAGGCCCUAUGAGUGUAAUUACUGUGGAAAAACCUUUAGUGUAAGCUCAACUCUUAUUAGACAUCAGAGAAUCCACACUGGAGAAAGACCCUAUCAAUGUAAUCAGUGUAAGCAGAGCUUUAGCCAGAGAAGGAGCCUUGUUAAACAUCAAAGAAUUCACACAGGUGAGAAGCCCCAUAAAUGCAGUGACUGUGGGAAAGCCUUCAGUUGGAAGUCACACCUUAUCGAGCAUCAGAGAACUCACACUGGUGAAAAACCCUAUCACUGUACCAAAUGUAAGAAAAGCUUUAGUAGAAAUUCAUUGCUUGUUGAACAUCAGAGAAUUCACACUGGGGAACGACCUCAUAAAUGUGGUGAAUGUGGGAAAGCCUUUAGACUAAGUACAUACCUUAUACAGCACCAAAAAAUUCACACGGGUGAGAAGCCUUUUCUUUGUAUUGAAUGUGGAAAAAGCUUCAGUCGGAGCUCAUUCCUUAUUGAACAUCAGAGGAUCCAUACUGGUGAACGACCUUAUCAGUGCAAAGAGUGUGGAAAAAGCUUUAGUCAGCUUUGCAAUCUAACUCGUCAUCAGAGAAUUCACACAGGAGACAAACCUCAUAAAUGUGAGGAAUGUGGAAAAGCCUUUAGUAGAAGCUCAGGUCUUAUUCAGCAUCAGAGAAUCCACACCAGGGAGAAGACUUAUCCAUACAAUGAAACUAAGGACAAUUUUGAUCCCAAUUGCAGUCUUGUUAUACAGCAGGAGGUUUAUCCUAAGGAAAAAUCUUACAAAUGUGAUGAAUGUGGCAAGACUUUUAGUGUAAGUGCUCAUCUUGUGCAACAUCAAAGAAUCCACACUGGAGAAAAGCCCUACCUAUGUACUGUUUGUGGGAAAAGCUUCAGUCGGAGCUCAUUUCUUAUUGAACAUCAGAGAAUCCACACUGGUGAGAGACCUUAUCUGUGCAGACAGUGUGGCAAAAGCUUCAGUCAGCUUUGUAAUCUGAUUCGACAUCAGGGUGUUCACACAGGAAAUAAACCCCAUAAAUGUGAUGAAUGUGGGAAGGCCUUUAGCCGGAACUCAGGUCUAAUUCAGCAUCAGAGAAUACACACGGGAGAGAAACCUUAUAAAUGUGAGAAGUGUGACAAAAGUUUUAGUCAACAGCGCAGCCUUGUCAACCAUCAGAAGAUCCAUGCAGAGGUGAAAACCCAAGAAACUCAUGAAUGUGAUGCUUGUGGUGAGGCCUUCAAUUGUCGCAUUUCUCUUAUUCAGCAUCAAAAAUUGCACACUGCAUGGAUGCAGUGAGUGUAAAAAAAAAAAAAAGCUCAGUUUAAUGUGAGACUGGCUACCCUAGCUACCCAAGUGCAGUUUUAAUAUGUAUCAUUUAAUGAUGAAGAAGAUUCUCCUUGGACUCAGGCAAAUGGUUCCUAAAGUUUCUGGGAAUGGUGGACAACUGUCCAUGUACAGUUGACUUCCAUUACUCUUUGUUUUGAUGAUCAUAGAAAAAGACCCGGAAAUUUAGCAUCUUUUUUUUUUUUUUUUUUUUUUUUUCCAGCAGAGAGGUUAAACUCAGAUUCAGAGCAUGGGGGAGUCAUUCUGAAGGACAAAAUCAAGUUAGUACAAGGGAACUGGGAGCAGCUGAUAUUAAAAAACUGAAAAUGAUUCAGUCUUCUUCUGCCAUCUCAUGUGAUGGUCCUUUCAGUUAUGUGAUGCAUUUGGCUCGGCAUGCCAAAGUCCAGUCAUUAAGCAUAUGUAAAUUGUCAAGGAAGCAAAGCCCAGGUGUUUUUUGAAACCAGUAUGCAGUUUUUUUCUUUUUUUUAAAGCCAGUUAUUUGGCUUGUGAGUUCAUGAAACGUAGUUCCCAGAUCUGUGAAAUGAGUGCACCUUUAACUUUACCUAUAAAGAUUAUGUGAAUAAUUAACAAACCUAGCAAAGGUGUUACCAAGGAACCUUUGGGAGUGCCUUUUUCCCCCUAAGAUGGGCCCAGAAGAGUGGAGGAAGAGACCAUGUUUUUGUGCCCUCUCUUCUAUGAAAGAUAACUUGUAGUCCUCUAUGAAUAAGCUUAUUCCUUUGCAACUAGAAGCAUGUGAAAGUGUACAUAUUUUGAUUAACAAGAAUUGGAAAUAAAAAGUCCUAGAGUCUGCUAGGAAGCUGAAAUAUUUUGGUAUUGCUUUGGUUCUUAUGGUAACUAGGUUUUGCAUGCAAUUUAAAAAUCCUUAUUUCUGGUUCUAAGGCUUCCCUUAAUGGUUAUUAUAAACCUAGUAAUCUGUUUUAAUCAUUAAA